AUGUUCAGGAAAUUCACCAACCGCCUACCUGCCAUCCCCGAACUUCCCGAACUUCCUCCACUUCCGGAUCUAUCGACGCUUCGUCUAUACGAAUAUGCGUCCCAGGUGACGCUUCCCACCCUCAAUCCCUCUGCGCCCGCAGUACUACAACUUUCAAAAGACCCCGAAGACUCGCAAGAGCUGGAAAACUGGGAGCACGUCGAGGAAAAGUGGGAAGACUCGGACGUCGAGGAGCUCCUCGAAAAGGCGAAGUACCUUCCCCUUGAUUCACCAGAUGCGCGCAAAGAGAUGGAUUACUUUGGUUCCAAGGACCAACAAAACCACAUUAACAUCCAACGUCGAGCGGCCGCCGUGAAGAAGCAGGCGGAGGUGGACAAGAAAACCGCGAUCCUCCGUCAGCCGUACAUCAGCUUCCGGAAAAUCCCCAAGCCACCCGCCAUCUCUCUUGACUCCGAAUGGGAGGAGGAACGAGAUAAGGAGGACUUUGCCGAGUCCAACUUCAUGUAUUGCCGGCCAUCCAUGAGAAAGGAGUUCGAGGACUACCAUGGCACUCCUUACGCGCAAGAGGCGCUUCGUUUGGACAAGGAGCGACGAGAGCGAAAGAGACGGGCUGAAGUUGCUGCGAUUCAGGACGCGCGAAGGAAGGCUGACUGGGAGAGGAAGCUGAGGGAGAACGAAGAGUUUGCACAGCCUCUUCUCGAGGCGUUAGCCAGGCAAAAAAAGGAGAAGGCGGAGGCUGAGUGGCUUCUAGUCAGCCCCAUGGAUGACGAGGCUCUCCGUCUUGAGAUGCAAGGGAGGAAAGACGUCGACCUUAAAUUGGAGAAAGAAGCUCCCUCAUACGAAGCCUCGAUCGAGGGCAGAGGAAAGGCAGGGCCCGAGGCCCCUCGGCAUUCGAUGAUCGACUUCGAGCUGAUGUCUUCGCCGAACACAUCAGAGCCGCUCUACGUUGAGAGCAUCGAGUCGACGCCUGUCCAGGAACUGAAAAGUCUCAUUGACCCCGAUGCCCCUCAAGUCGAACUCGUGUUUAAUGCGUCCGACCAAUCCCCCUCGCCGGUGCAGUUCCCAAAACGUCUUCUUGCAGCCUUCUCCCCCUUCUUACGAGCCCACUUCGCCCGUAGCGAUGUCGCCCACGACGUCGUUUAUCUCCACUUGACCGAAAUUGACCAUGCGACAUUCAUGCUGCUCUACCGCUGGAUGCAUAUGGUGUGUCUGGGAAAAUACACACCUGGUACCCAUCGCCCUGAACCCUACGAACCUUCUGAUACCAUCCUCCAGCUUCCAGAACUUGGUGCCCACCAGAGUCUGAAGACCCAGGUUAAGCUGUUCUGCGCGCUCAACCAGCUGGAUAUUCACCUUCCUAAGCUCCAGCUCCGAGACUUAAUCUGCACACACUUCCCUAUUCCAGACGGGCCCAUCGUAUCGACCAGUCUGGACAACGAUUCUGCUCCAGAGUUUUUUCCCGCUGACGACAUUAGGCUCGUCCUCAACGGCAUCAAACUCAUAAACCUAAGGAGAAAGACACCUGUAAGCUCCUCAAGUCCCAAGCAACAUCAGAAUCAGGUACUCCGCAACCGCGAGCUAGAAAAAGAGGAGUGGGACGAGUCAGACGAAAUCGAGUACUUCAUGCACACCCACAUCGCUCGCUACAUAGUCUUGCUCCAAGCCUUCCGCCUCUUCAGAAAAGAGUACGCCCGUUUCUUGAACGAAGAGGAUGACGCAAUUGCAAGACCGCUUGCGCUUGAUGUGCAGAGACAUAAGAAUCUCAGGAGGUGCGUCGAGGUGUGGCAGCGGCAGGUUCCUGACGAUGUGGCUGAGAUGGAGGUGGAGACGGAGAACAGUGCCGAGGUGGAUAGGGUUAGGAUGUUGUUGGAGCGGGACCCCCAUGAGGGCGAACUGUCCUCGGCAUGGCACUGCGGAGGGGGUGGGAUUAUCUGGGGGAGAAGGAAGUAG